AUGGCUUCAAUGCAGGACGAUGAUAUGUACCUCUUUCAGGGCGGCCUGGAUCAGUCCCAGUCUUUUGCCGGCCAGGACUUCGAUACCUUCUUGACCUCUCCCACCCCCGACACCAAUCUACAAAACGGCAGCCCUGUUUUCCUCAACCCGAACGACCUGUCCAUCAAGCGCGAGACUGAUGACUCUACUACCUUUUCCACGACCUCGGCCUUCUCGCGCUCCCCAAGAGACUCCGGUUCCGGGUCGAGCAGCUCUUCCUCAGACUCGCCAAAUUACUGGGCGAAUCAUACCAAAGAAUCCACCGCUUCGCCUCGUGCUCAGAACAAUGCCCAGCCCACCUGGGGAAGUGGCAUCAACGGCUUCUCUAUGCCCUCUAAUGAGCAAAUGUUCGACGACACAUCAAUGGCUGGCAUGGACCCCGACUAUGAAACAAGCAAUCAGCAGAUGGCUUCAGACUUUGACUUUGACACUGCCGCCAGCACUCCGAGUGGUUUCGAUCCCUUAGCACCAAACAAUCUCAGGCCUGCCAUGGCUCCUCAGCAUUUUGUGCGACAGUCAAACUACAACGCCUUCGCAAAACAGCCUCCGGCAAAGCCCUAUCCAAAUGCUGGCCAGCCCCAGUUUUUCUUCCCUGGCUCGCGGGAAGCCUCCCCUCUAGCUGCGAUGCUCCCCUCCAACCAAGGCCAGUCGCCUUGGAACAAGCAUUCGCCCUCCUCGGGCCUUGAAGAGACUUUCAAUCAUAUCACUAUGAAUGGUGACUCUCCAGGAAAUGCCACCUUUUCUCCCAAUCUGCAGUUCUCGGCCACUGGCUUUACCUUUGAUCCCGAGUCAAGCACCACCCCGUCCACUUUCAAUAAAGACACUUCUUCUCCACCCUCCACCAUCAAUUCCACAGAGGGCGGCCCCUUGCUCACCGUGCAGCCAACAUCUCUCAAAUCACGGGUCGAGACCCAGAUUCCCAUCAAAUUGACCUUGUCACAGCUACCCGCAACCAUCAAGAAGAUUAGGCUCCCAAGACAUACAGUGUCUAAACCAAAAUUCCUUGCAAAGCCACCACCAGAGCGAUCGUCCGAGAUCUAUGAGUUACAUACCUCUCUCGUCUGUACGAGUGCGAUGCAGGACCCCGUCAAACUACAGCGGGCCUGGGCUCGAGCUAGAGGUGAAGACCUCAGUCCAUAUACUCGCCCGAGCCCCGCUUCUUCCUCCGACUCCCAGACAUCCAAAGAUGACGAAGACAAGCCAUUGGACGGCGGGGAAGUGAGAAUUUGUACUGGUUGUAUACAGAGAGAGAGGAAACGGGCGUCCAGGAAGAAACAAAAGAAGCCUGAAGAGGAAGAGAUGUUUCAACGGGACGAAGAACGAAGAGUUGUCGUCUUCAACACCAACGAGAUCAAGGAAUGGGUUGAAGCUACUCAGGACAACCCGACAGGGAAGGGAUCAGAGUCUCAGACCUCAAGUGCAGUGCAGGUCGAACUGCCCAUGCGCAUAGCUUGCUAUUGCCGACACCAAAACGAGAAGAUGGGCUUCCAAGUCAUCUUUACCAUCAAGGAUUAUCGAGAAAAGGUCAUCGCCCAAGCCAUGACCAAUCCUAUUAUGAUCACGGACGACCACAAAACACACAAUACGCCUGCGGUUGCCACCAACGUGCCAAACACCUUGUCCAACCCCGGACCUCAACUUCCUGGCUCGGGCGUCUUUUCCUCCACUGGUCUCGACCAGCCUUCUGCGGUUGCACAAUUGAACCCCAAGUCAUUCAAACAGUCAUUUUCCACGACGGAUUUGCAUGGUCUGCAACAUAAUUUCAACCCCAAUUUUCCCAUGGCGACAUCAAGCAAUCCCUUUGCCAUUCCGUCCACUAUGUCGAACCAGACAUCGGCAACGCUUACGCCAAGAAACCUGUCUCGUCCGGCCUCUCCCAGCGGGCCUUCUGGACCGAACACCAAAAGAAGGAAACAGAGUGGCUCGGGCAAACUGCCGUCUGGCUUGAUGAUGACCCGGUUGGACACGUCGCAAGCGCCUGGUGCCUCUGCAACAAUGCCCAAUACGGCCGCGUCAUCCCCAUACGCUCCAAACAUGUCCGCUUACAUGGGUCACACAGAGAGGCCAUUUGCCGUGCCUCACAGGAAUGCUCCUUUUGGUACGAGCCCUCCCACUCCCAAUGGACAUGACACCUCGUUGCUUUCAAACGUCAAUCGUUCUUUCAGCUUGGAAAAUCUUCCCCGUCAGGUGUUGAUUUCUGCACCACCCUCUCGUCAACCUAGUCGCCCCAGUAGUCCAGGAUCAGCACGUAAUAGCUUUGGAGCAGCCGACGCCGCGUUCGGACAAGCUGUAACAACUUCGUUGAUGGGACAAACACAACCUGCCCGCCGUCCUCCUCCUCUGAUACACAAACUUGUUCCUGCGGAAGGCUCCGUUACUGGUGGGACGGAAGUGACGGUACUUGGAAAUGGCUUCUAUCAAGGCUUGGAAGUCAUGUUUGGUGACACCGAGGCUACCACGACGACUUUUUGGGGAGAAAAGUGCCUGAAUUGCAUUGCCCCUCCAGCACUACAGCCAGGUGUUGUUGCUGUGGUAUUCAAACACGAUCGCAGCCAAUAUACUGGCCUACAGCAACAAACUCAAGCACGCCCCUCACUAUUCACCUACGUGGACGACCGGGAAUUGGAGACUUAUCGAUUGGCUCUGACCACUGUGGGAAAACAGAUGGCACACCCCACCGAAGACCCUUGGACGACGGCACAACAGAUUAUUCAACAAGGUCAGGCCCAUUCCAUGUGGUCCACACAUGGCAACUAUGGCAUGGGAAAUGGACAUCAGCGAGGAUCUGGGACAAACGGGGGUCUUCCCUUUGAUGCUCUCGAGCUCGAGGGUGCUAUGCUCCGUGUGUUGGAGCAUAUGGACGACGCGCGAAGCGUCAGGUCUCCAAACUUCAACCUUCGCAGGCCUUCCGGGCUAACCUUACUGCACCUGGCCAGCUCCCUCGGCCUAACUCGUUUUGUGGCCGGACUGCUCGCCCGGGGAGCCAGUCCACAUCUCACUGAUAACAAUGGGCAUACACCCAUGCACCAUGCCGCGAUGAAUGGUCACACCCAUGUCAUCCAUCGUCUUCGAAUGGCAGGUGCUGAUCAUAACGUGCGCAGCAUUCGAAACUUCACACCUGCCGACCUCGCCACCUCGCUGCUCGCAUACCAGGCUACCAUGAGUGCCACAGGGCACUAUCGAUCCCGCAGCGCUGGAACUACACCUCUGAGGCUGCAUAGUCGCAGUACAUCAUCACUACGGUCAUUCUGGGACAACGCAUCCAACGUUCAAACGUCCACAGACUUGGAGGUGUCGGAUGACUCGGAUGAGUCCAACAGUAGCGAUGACGAAACGCCCAUCAUGGUUUCUUCCAGGGAACUGGACCUUGGCAAUUCCAUGGGUCGCACGGGUGUUCGCAAAGCUGCACUCAGUGUAUCACAGUCCAGAAGGAAUAGUGGGCAGUACUCUGUCCCACCGGCCACGACCUUCCCACCAAAAGAGGCAGGCACAGCACCUGCUGUGGCCGUCUCUGCCUUUAUGUUGGCUUGGCGUGAUCACCUUGUGGCUCAGCUACAACAGUUCAAUGAGAGUGCCCAGUCCGUUAUGCCCAAUCUUGGGAGUGUCAAUGGACCUCUGGCCACACUUCAGGAAUAUCAGGCGAAUCCCAUGGUGCGUCGAGUCAGCUCACUUUGGCCUCAGCGUCCAAACUCGAGGCAGCAAGGAGGUUCCCGUGAAGGAUGGUGGGAGACUUUGACCGGCGGCGCAUCUCCAACACCAUCGUCACCACCCGCUUAUGGCGACCUAUUUCCCGACAAGGAUUCGCCAACUGAUGAUUGGAGCAUUAAGAAAUCCUCCACUCUGCAGGCUGCUGCCGAUGCCGCCGCAGAUAUGCAUUUCGCACCGCGUGAAGACAAAGCAGGACCCUCAACGGCCGUGUCUCGGCCAUCACAAAAUCCACCGAUUCAAAGAAUCGAGCUCAGUCGCGAUAGAAAAUUGUUCUUUUUCUGGAUUCCUGUACUUGCCAUUGUUCUGGCUUUGAUGAUUAGAAGCUCAGGCAUUCUCAAUGUAUUUGCCACCUCCGCGAACACGAUCCCAGCCGCCUUUGGGAAGGAAACCGUCGAGGUGAUGUAG